UACGGAAAAAAAUUGUCUUAUUUCAAUAUUUGACUGAGCAAAAAACUUUAUUAUCUUUGUUGAUAUUACCAACCGCCGGUUUCAUCAGACAAAAUACGGAAAUAAAUUGUCAUAUUCAAUAGUUGACUGUCUUUUUCGCAACCUUGAGUAAGCUAUGUCUGUGUUUUAGUCAAUAUGUAGCUGAUAUGGCCGUUGUUUUUCUCUAGUAUGUGAAAAAGAAAUGGAAAAAGAUGGUGAAAAGUUAAAUGAAAACGAAUCUAGUUUGGGCAAAAAGAGAAGAUCCUUGAUUAAAGAAGGAUGGUGCAUUAAGGAAAGUGGAACAACAUUUCUUAGAAAUUCCAACUGGAGGCGAAGAUGGUUUGUCCUUGUUGAAGAUGAUUCCUCUUUGACCUUGUCUUACUUCAAAAAUAUUGAUGAUUCCCAGCCUAAAGGAAGAAUCUGUCUUGAUCCCACCUAUACCGCAAGGGAAUUAGAAACCAAUGAAGAAAAAGGAAAGGCGCAUUGUUUUGCUAUCGGUCCAUUGUUCAUUGAUCCCUCCAUCCGAACCUAUUAUGUUAGCUGUGAAAAUGAAGAGGAGAAGUUGGAUUGGAUGAGCGCCAUAAAUGCAAGCAUUGAAGGAUCACCAGCGCAAGUGAAAAAACACGCAAAGAGUUUUCGGAAAAGAUACAAUCGUAUUUCUGGUCGAAAAGUUUGUGUCAGACCUUUGUCAUCAGAUGGGCCUUGUAAUUUUGAAGACCCUGGUUGGAGAAUGCAGCAAUGGCAGAAUCUCUGCAAGACUGCAGCAGACAGCAGUUGGAAGAAAAUUGAUACAAAGAAUGGCAUAACUGUUGCAAGACAAGGCUUUCAGAACAAUCCUUUUGCAGUAAUAAAGACUGAAGGAGUAGUGCCUGUUUUGCCAGAAAUCACAUUGGAAUAUUUAGAAAAAGCUAUUCAACUUGGUGGAAAGUUGGAUUACCCUUUCAGAAAUGCAAAGUUGGUUCAAAAGAUUACUGAUAGCAAUCCUCAAGCGGACAUUUUCUACAGUAAGUUUGAUGUUCCCGUACCAGGAAUAUCCGCUCGUGAUUGUCUUUGGUUAACAAUGAAAGUUCAUCCUGGAGGUGCACGAGAUGAAAUGAGUGGCAUGCUUUUUGUCUCCAUAUCUCAGGCAGCUGAGCAGGAUAAGGAAAAUGAUUACAUGAGAAUAAAAUUGGGAUGUUCCGGGAUUAUCAUCUGCCCUGAAGAAUUAGAAGAUAAUGUUGUGCAUACCAAAGUCACAGUGCUUUGUCAAAUUGAUGCCCAGCGUUCUUUGCAGUCGAUGCUGGAAGGCUCAUAUAAAUCAGGUCUUCUAAAGAUUGGACUGAGGAAUGCAUUUUCCCACAUUAGAGGUAAUAUUGAAGAUUACAACAAUUUAGUGAGUGGAGUUUCAUAAUUUUGUAACUCAAAUUAUCUGCCUUUUACUACUGGCUCAGAGUUUUGUGUCCAGACUAUAUAUAGGUCAGACUCAGAAAUAAAUAUUCAAAAAAAACAAUUAUAGCUACUUACAUGGAUACUGUAUACAUUCUCACAUUUGUAAAUAGUAUUAAUUAAGCAAGAAUACAAUUUAU